AUGUCGGCCGUCGCUGGACCCUCGUCCGCCAAGAAGUCGUCGUCGUCAAAGAAGACCAAGGCCGCCGCCGCCGCCGCGCCGCCCGCGCGCUCCGAGUCGGUGGUGGACUCGAGCUCCGAGGACGAGAGCGAGAACGAGAGCGUGAACAGCGACGACCUCGACCGCGUCGUCGUCCCCAGCACGCCGGCCGCGAGCGCGAGCACGCCCCGGGCGAGCAAGUCGAGGUCGGGCAUGGCUCGCUACCAGCCGCCGUCCGGCAUGGAGCCCAUCAUUGCGUCUGUGUCGUUCAAGAACUCGCCGUUCGAGUUUGACGAGAUGGCCAGCAAGCCCGGCGCCGAGGUGUGGGCCAUUCGUAUGCCCGUGGACUUCAAGGCAUCCCGCCUUUCGGGCCUGGCCGUCAAGGUGUCGUCGUCCGGCGUCAGCGGCGAGGUCAGCACCAAGAGCGGCAGCUACGCGCUGCAGGCGGCGAGCGCGGACGCCGACGGCGCCGGCGCAGAGAUGGGCGGCCUCAGCCUGCUGGUUCCGCACAUGGCGCGUGCCGGCAAGCUUGUUCGCGCACCCAUCACCGUUUCGCGUAACCUCCUGCUCACGCCGGUCGAGGGCGUCGCCGCCGCCGCUGAGAGCGCGAGCACCGAGUGGGUCGCGCCGCCCAAGGUCAAGCGCGCGCAGCCCGAACACAAGUUCAAGUUCCGCAACUGCGUCGCGGGCUUUGACACUGCCGGUCCUGGCGCCACCGCCGAGGCCGUGGCUGCUGCUGCUGCUGCCUCUGUGGCCAAGCCCCAGCCCGCGGCAGCAGUCGAGUCGAGCCCCGAGAGCGCGGCCAAGAAGCCCAAGCUCGACAAGGAGAAGCGCACCAAGAAGCGUAAGAGUGAUGUCGACGGCACGCCCUCCAAGAAGAAGAAGAAGGAGUAG